CCGGUAAGCUGAUCAGCUGAUCCAACGCCGAGGAAGCUGGACACACACGUUACACACCGGUGCGUGGCGCGGCGCGGACGUUGCCCUGCCUGUGCCUGUCCACGUCUAUAAGAAGAGAGGCCCACUCGUGUUGCGCUUGCGCCGAGGAAAAAGAGAGGAAGCCGAAGCUAGCGCACACAAGCACAUCGAGCGAGGAGGUGCGCCGGUCGAGCUAGCGAGUGACAUGGCAGCGGGGCAGCCGCGUCCGCCGCCGCCGCCGUCGUCGGUGAGGACGGAGCGCGUCCUGCGGGCGGCGUGCGCGGCGAUGGCGGCGGCGGGGGCGCUGCUGCUGGGGUUCAGCGCGGAGACCAAGACCGUGAUCUUCGUCCAGAAGAAGGCCGUCCCCAAGGACGUGCAGGCUCUCUGGGUGCUGAUCGUGGCGGCGGCGGCGGCGGCGGCGUACCACGCCGCCCAGCUCGCCCGGUGCCUCUGCAUGGACCGCCUCGCCGGCGGCGGCGGCGGCUGCCGGCGUCUCAGGAGAGCGGUCGCGUGCGCCACCUUCCUCCUCGACAAGGGAUGCGCGUACAUGGUGUUGGCGACGACGGUGGCGGCGCUGCAGGCGUGCUUCGUGGGGCUGCUGGGCGUGGAGGCCCUGCAGUGGAGCAAGCUCUGCAACAUCUACACCCGCUUCUGCGAGCAGGCCGCCGCGGGGAUGGUCUGCAGCCUGGUGGCCGCCGCGGGGAUGGCCGUCCUCUCCGCCUUCUCCGCGCGGGACCUCUUCCGCCGCCGCCGCCCCUGCUCCCCGUGCGUGCAGGUGCAGCAGGUCUAGGAGAAACUACUGGUCCAUCGAUUGUGUACACAGAGGCUGAUUUGGGACGGCACGAGAAGGAGGCUAGAUAUUAGUGUAAACAUGUUGCCGGCGCCUUUCGUUUUGGAGUAUAUAAUAUAGCUUUGCUGGCAAGGCUACUGUUUUAUUACGAUUGUUAGUUGAUCUGAAAAGUUCACUGAUAUAUUAUGAGAUAAAAACAUUGUGGUGCAAAAAAAAA